GAGAGGACGCCGGAAGUAGCAGUGGUACGGGUCGGACCACGGGGUACUCAGCGUCCGCGGCCUCCACCCGCGAGGCGGCCCGAACCAAGACCCAAGGGGGUGGGCGUGGCUGUCGCCGGAACAACCUUCCUCUGCUAGCAGUCGGCGCGGGGCGGUGCCGCGUCGCUCCUCUCCGCCAGCUGCCAUGAGCGAGCGCCUCCGCCCCAGGAAAAGGAGAAGAAAUGGUAAUGAAGAAGAGAACCACCUCCCCCCCCAGACCAAAAGGAGCAGUAGAAACCCUGUCUUUCAGGAUUCCUGGGACACAGAGUCUUCAAGCAGUGACAGUGGUGGGAGCAGCAGCAGCAGCAGCAGCAGCAGCAGCAGUAGCAUCAACAGCCCGGACAGGGCCAGUGGGCCAGAGAACAGCCUGAGCCAGGCCUUCCCUGGAUCCUGCCCCAGCACCCCCCAGCCGGUGGCUGAGCAGUCUGCACUGUGCCAAGGCCCUUACUUCCACAUCAAUCAGACCCUGAGGGAGGCCCACUUUCACAGCCUACAGCACCGAGGACGGCCUCCCACAUGACACGCCGGCAGUUUCUUGCCUUCUGUGAAGGGACAGCACUGUGCAGAUUUGAUAUUUCAACUUAAUGAUUUGUUUUUAGAAAUUGCACACAGAAAAAAGAAAUGCCUGUUGGCUUUUUAGUCUAUAUUUGAAAUAACAGGCUGACAGGCAGUUGUUUACUUGUGGUUUUGCUGCACUAUUGCCAUUUCAAAGGGGCUUUGGAGCAAUUUUUAUAGCAUUCUUCUGAGGGAGGGUACUGGAUUCGUGUCAAGGCAGUGGGCUGAGGAAGUCUCAUCUGUGUCCAGUUCAGAUGACUUCCACUCUGGCAAUGAGAAUGUCUACUUGAUGUAAAAGGCUCUUUAGAAAUGCAGGAUCUUCAAUUUUUUAAUCCAAUAAACUAUUAGAGUAUCUAGUUUCCAUGAAAGAAACAUAAGUUUUCUCCCCAAACACAGGAAGCUUGAUUCAGUCUUGCACUGAAAUGAACUGCCAUACUACCUCUUAGUAUGUAGAUGUCUGUGGAAAAUGUCCUCUACUGUAACAGAACUAUCAUCCCAUCUAGACCAGAAGUGAAGCAGCCUCCCAAGUUACGCUCUCUUGUCAUAUAUAUAUCUGUAUUUCCAGGGAGAAUGUCUUUCAGACUCUGGUAUACCCAAAUAACUCCUGUUUUAUAUUCCCCAGAGUCUACACCUUAGAAGUAGUAGAGAAUACCAUGCAGUUUUCAAAGUCAGGAAAUACCUAAUAACUUGGUCUUACAAGCUUGUGUAUAAGUGGCUCAAUUGACCUCACUGCAAACUCCACCUGCAGUGCCCAUAACCAAGGCAUCAGUAAGGGCGGAUAAAGCGUCAACUGCCCUUGCUCAAGAACAAGGCUUAACUGGUGAGGGGCCAGGUCCCAUCACGGGCUGAGAAGAGUGGAGUGUUAUAGAGACAAAGAGGCACCUUGAGGAAAAACCACGCACAAGUAUUUAUUUAGUGAGUGGGUGUGCUGCCAUGUUACUUAGUCAUACUGGAGAGCCAGCCAAGUUUGAAUAGUGACGGCACAGAAGAGUCUUCCUCACUGGCGAGCUGUCUGAACAAGGAGCCAGGAUGCGUCGGGUCGCCUACUCUGGAGAGUGCUGGGGGGCCAACCUGCCAUUAGAUGUAGAGGAAGUGCCUUAAGAGUCCACCCGCAGCCUCCUGUCUGCUCACCUUCACUGCAUUUCACUGGACUCGCUCAGAGGCCACACACAUAGGCAGCAGGGCUGAGAAGCAUGGAUGGCUCCUGGAAGAAGGGUUUGAGGAGGACACGCUGACUGGAGUGAGCAGGGACUAGGUAUGUGACAGAAUGCAAACAAGGACUGCCCGGAAGAGACACACACCUCUCCACGGUGCUCCUCUGAUAGCCAUAGAGGUUAAGGCCAGACGUGGGAACUAGUUAGUGUUAAAAAUGUGGAGUUUGGGAAAGUUGGUUCUUUUACUGUCUCCCAGAUUUUAAAACCAGACAGUCGACAAGAACUUCGGAUCUAAUUGGGUUUGAUGGCAGGGGAUAUGGGAAAGGACACAUUGCUAAUAUUUUGUCUAAUAAUAAAGCGAACAAUGCUGUAAGAAGAGAAGCUGUUCGAGCUGUCAAACACACUUGUACACAGCACAAGUCAGAAAUACCCGGGACGACUCCUGCAGGCGCAGUGGAUGGCAUCUUACUGAAACAAAAUGUGUAUUAAUAAAACGGAAUACUCAAGGGAGCCAGCUUCUAUAGCCCACCCAAGUAAAAGGCACAGGGGACCAGAUCAUCUGCAGGAUAAAAGGAUCUUCUCCCAAUGCGAUCAUAGUGCUGGGUCAGCAGUCUUAACAUUUUCACCCCUCUAGAUCUAGCCAGAACCAUCUGCAUCCUGUGCUGCCAUCUGACAGCCUCAUAGUCUAGGAUGCCUUUGUUUUGAGGCUACCUGCUAGUGUCAGUGGACAUCUUUUAAACUAGUAUUAUUAGCUCAAGCUAGCAAAACCUUAUACUUCUCUAUUGUGCCAUUAAAAGCAGCAUUAGUGCAUUGUCA